AUGAUGAAGAUACUGUUCUGUCUGCUGCUGGCACAAGUUCACGGCCUUGACCUGGAUGCAGAAUGGGUCAAGUUUAAAGGAACAUUUGGCAAGACAUACAUGAACAAGGAGGAGGAGAUCUACAGGAGGACAAUCUGGACACAAAACCUCAACUACAUCCAAGCCCACAACCAAGCCUUCGCCAAGGGACAGUACUCGUUCUACCUGGGAGAAAACCAGUUCGCAGACUUGAGCAACCAGGAGUUCCAGAAAAUUAUGAACGGUUACAAGAUGCGACAAGGUCCUGGCAGUGUCUACGUGUACGCGGCCAAUGACGUCACCGACCUGCCCUCGUCCGUCGACUGGCGGGACAAAGGCUACGUCACCCCUGUCAAAGACCAGGGCAGCUGUGGGUCGUGCUGGGCAUUCUCGACCACGGGGUCGCUGGAAGGUCAGACGUUCAAGAAAUAUGGCCGGUUGACCUCACUGUCAGAGCAGAACUUGGUGGACUGCUCGCAGAAACAAGGUAACCAGGGUUGCAAUGGCGGUUUGAUGGAUCAAGGGUUCGCCUACAUCAAAGCUAACAACGGUAUCGACACUGAAGCUUCAUAUCCAUACGAGGGUGUGGAUGGCAAGUGCCGAUUCACAGCGGCCAAUGUUGGAGCCAAUGACACUGGGUUUGUGGAUGUGGCCUCCAAGGAUGAGAACGCCCUCCAGUCAGCGGUUGCCAAUAUUGGUCCUGUCUCUGUGGCCAUCGAUGCCAGCCACAUCACGUUUCAGCUGUACAAAGGCGGUGUCUAUCACAACAUCUUGUGCAGCCAGACCAAGCUUGACCACGGGGUGCUGGCUGUAGGUUACGGUACGUACGAAGGCAAGGACUUUUGGCAGGUCAAAAACAGUUGGGGAACCUCCUGGGGAAUCAAAGGCUACAUCAUGAUGUCCAGGAACCGAGACAACAAUUGUGGCAUUGCUACCCAAGCUAGCUACCCAACUGUGUGA